GAUUUUUGGUAUCUCUACCAAUUUACCAGAUUGAAACUGACACUAAGAGUCGGGCAGCGGAAAAUAUGAAUAGGCAGUUGGUAGGUCAGGUUGCUUGAUUAUAUUUCAAAACUUUUCGGCUAAUCUUUUGAACAAACCAGUUGCCUAUUUAUCUGCUGUACGAAUUAUGAAUUCACAUGGUUUACCUCCUGGAUGGUCAAUGAGUUAUGACAAUACCACUGGUUUCCCUUUUUUUAUCGAUCACAUUAAUAAAUUGACUACUUGGGAAGAUCCUCGAAAGUCUAAAACUCAGAAUAAUAGAACACAAAAUUUACAAUCUGUUCCAUCUUAUGCUGCAUCUGAACUGACUAAAAAUCGUCAACAAUGCCAAUCGGAAGGAAAUGAAUCAGAAUCGAAUUCAUCAAAUCCAGAAGAUAUUAAAGUUGAUAUUGUAGGAACCAAUAAUAAUAAUAAUAAUAAUAAUAAUAAUAAUACUCAACGUAAAACUACUCAAUCAUAUUAUGAUAAUAUCAAUGAACCGAUACCAAUCAAAGUACACUGUGCCAAUGCUUCAAAUAAUACUACUCAUGAUGAUGAUAAUGAUAGUUCAUAUGAAUGUGAACAAUCACCAUUGAACAAUGCUUCAACGCCUCAAUCAUCUGAUUCACAUAAAAAAACCAGUUCAAAUGCUGCUACAGAUAAAAAUCAAUCGAUCCCAGUAAAAUCAAUACCUGUUAAAAUUUCAAAUGAUACUCAUAACAAUAACAAUAAUAAUAAUAAUAAUGACAAUAAUAAUGUUAAUAAUAAUACAAAUGAAAAUGCAUGUCAACCAACAGUGACAGAUCCACUCACUCUUAUAGAACAAGCUCAACGUGAACUGAGCGAAAUAGAAAAUGAGAUUAACGAGUUUACUUCUUCAUGCAAAAAUAAAGCCUAUUUAUUAUUGGAAGAUAAACUUGAAAAGUUAAUGUUACGAUUGGAUAAAAUUGAUUCAGCUGGUGAUGUGUCCAUUAGAAAUAAACGUCGAGAAGUGAUAUUAGCUGUUCAAAAUGCUCUUAAAAAUUUAGAAAAUAAACUAUCAACUCAAGUUGAACCAGAUGAUCAUCAGUAUAAUUAUCAAGGAGAACAUGAUAUCACUUUAACUUCUAAUCAUACUAAAUGAAUAAAAAUAUACACAAGAAAAAAACAAUAACAACAAAAGUCACACUCAUCAAUAGAUUUUAAUGAAGAAGAAGAAGAAAAAAAAAAUAGGUCAAACUAUGUAGACAAAGAGAUCAUAUCCUAUCAUUCAAUAUUUUAUCUGACUUUUUGAUUUCUCAAUUUCGAAUGUGUAGUUCAGUUCUAUUCUUCAUCUACGCGAUAUUCUUUUUUGAUUUAUUGCCAUGUGAAUAGUUUAUUUAUUUGUAUAAAGGAAAAAAUAUCAUAAUAUGAUCAUCAUUAAUAUAUGUUCAAUAUUUGAAAAAA